AAUUAUUAAAGAAAAAAAAAGAAAGAAAAUGUGCAAGUCACAAUUUGGCUCCCUGUCGAUGGUGGAGCUGAGUAAAACAAGCAUCUCCAGGCUGUUGAGGCACAGUGUCCCAUUGCCCAUUCUGGCCCUCUCCUCUUGUGCUACCAUAGUCAAUGUUACUUCCCUCCCUGACACCCCCCGCCCCCGCUCUCUCCCAGUGUUUGGAACAGUUCCCACUUCCCUACUGAGCACAUUCUGAGGGUCAGAAAGGCAGAUGCUAUUUGAGAAAAAAAAGUUGAGAUGCCCCAACUUUUGCAUGUUUGACCCUGGUUUAGCUCUCUGAGGCUCCCUGUCCACUUGACUCGGCAUAUACAGACAUGGUGUAGUAGGCUAGGAGAGCAGAAUAGUCACCUCCCUCCCCAAACAGUCCAAAGAAGACAGACCCUUCUUUCCAAAAUGCCUGAGCCAGAACUCAGUGUGAAACCCCACAGCUGCUGUGGCCCUGGGCUCUGUGGACACUACAGCCUUCCUGGCAAACACUUCUCUCUUCCAGGAAUUCUUUCCCCUGGGGAGUUAGGGGUGAGUCAGCCCUAGGCCUUCCCCAAGUCCAUCAGACAGAGUGGGCUGAUGGACUAGGUCACCUGUCUAUGCCCUGGGAUCCAAGACGCCGGAGCAGCGGAGGCAGAGGGGCAGGGUCUCAGCCUGACAGUCAGUUGAUUUUACUUGGAGACCUUUAACGAUGCUACUACAAAAUUUAUUAUGGUUAUCAUUUUGUGUGUUUGUUUGUUUGAAGAAAGGUCUCAUGUAGCCUAGGCUAGUCUUAAACCCCUGAUCCUUCUGUCUCCAUCUCCCAAGUGCUGGGAUUAUAGGUGUGCACUGCCAUGCUCAGCUUGCUAUGAAACAUUCCAAAAUAGCUUUAUUGAUUUUACGUGCCAUAUAGUUCCCAUACUUACAGCGUACAAUGCAACGGUUCUAAUAAAGUUCCAGACUUCUGUGACCAUUCCUUCAUAGGUAGGACAUUUUCAGUAAUCACUCCCAUGUUUUCCCCAACUCAGUUUGUCCCAGGCAACCAAGCAGUUGGCUACUUUCUCGUGACUGGCUUGCCCUGAGCAUGUUCUGUAAGUAGAAUUCUGCAGCAUAUGGUCUUUGUGCCUUUGUUCUUAAACUCACUAUAGCAUGUCAAUACUUCACUCCUAUGUUGCCAAAUAGCACUCCACUGUGGGAACAUAUUUCAUUAUUUAUUCCGUCAGUUGAUAGGUGAGUUGAUUCUAAUUUCUGGCUUUUGAGAAUAAAGAACGCUUCUGGUAUAUAAAACAUCUUUUUUUUUUUUUUGACAUCUGCUUUUAUUUCUCUUAGGAAUACACCUAGGAUUUCUGAGUAAUAUGGCCACCUUUAGCUAUUUGUGUGUGUGUGUGUGUGUGUGUAUGUGUGACUUCUAGGUAUUUUUGAAGUAGCUGCCUCCUUUCACAGAGAUGUGCAUGAAAGCUGAUUCAUCACCAUCCCCACAAUGACUCUCAAUAUAAUUCUGAUAUAUUGCCAGCCAGUGUGGGCUAGAAUUUUUGUGCUAGCUAGAUUGGAAAUAAAAUCCCUGUAGAAAAGAUUCCAGGCCUGUAACCGAAGGAGAGAGUCUUUGCAGAGCAGAACAUUCUGGCUUUUCAGGUUGUUCUUUUUGAGGCUCCACGUCCCUCAGGCCUUGUUACCCCAGAGCAAUGCAUUUCCUAGGAGGUGAGUCAGUCUGGAAUGAAGGACAAUUGUCCAGCACUCAUCGAUGGUCACAAAGAGUUAAUCUGGGGGAGGGGAAAUGGCUCAGGCAGUAUGCAAACAUGAGGACCUCAGGUCAACCUCCCGGAACCCAUGUAAAAAUCCAAGUGUGCUUGUAAUCUCAGCACUAGGGAAGUGGAGACAGGGGUCCCUGGGGAUCACUGUGUGACCAGCCUAGCUGAACUGGUGAGGUCUAGGUUGGGUGAGAGACCCUGUCACAAAAAAAUAAGGUGGAGAGAGACCAAGGAAGACACAGGAUGUCUAUUCAGGCCCUCCAAAUACAAAUUCACAUAUAAUGCACACACAGGAACACACACACACACACACACACACACACACACACACACACACACACACGCUUAACUUGAUCUGGAAAACUGAUCAGUGGACUGAGUGGAGCCAUAGACGCGCACCCCCCCCCCCACCUCCUUCUGAGGACGUGACAUCUCUUCUUGUAAAUGUCAUCACUUUCUUGGUGCUAUCUGGUAAGAACUGAGUCAUGAGGUGCUGACAAAACCCCAGUGUACUUCACAUGAAGCCUGAGGCAUUCUGCUCAUUCCUGAGAUACUCACACUGUCGGCUUGCUGCUCGGAUGGUAAACAACUUGCCUGGGAUGAGCUCCUGCUUCUGUGGCUUUUCUUGGCUUGUCUGAAUAAAGCACAGACCCAGACAAUUUGCCUCUGGGGGCGAAUUUUGGUUUUGGGGGGGGAGUGGUGGCUGAAAGGUGGUUAACACAUCGAUGGAAAGGCUUCUGCUUUCACAGAGCUCUGUUCCAGAGUGACCCCACAGAAGAAGGAUGUGCGGCGUGUGUCUGGAGUGGCCCCAACUCUUGUCCGGUCAGCAUCUGAGACCAGUGAGAAACGUCCUUUCAUGUGUGCUUACCCGGGCUGCAAUAAGAGAUAUUUUAAGCUGUCCCACUUACAGAUGCACAGCCGGAAGCACACUGGUGAGAAACCAUACCAGUGUGACUUCAAGGACUGUGAGAGAAGGUUUUCUCGCUCAGACCAGCUCAAAAGACACCAAAGGAGACACACAGGUGUGAAACCAUUCCAGUGUAAAACUUGUCAGCGAAAGUUUUCCCGGUCCGACCACCUGAAGACCCACACCAGGACUCAUACAGGUAAAACAAGUGAAAAGCCCUUCAGUUGUCGCUGGCACAGCUGUCAGAAAAAGUUUGCGCGGUCAGACGAAUUAGUCCGCCACCACAACAUGCACCAGAGAAACAUGACCAAACUCCAGCUGGCGCUUUGAGGGCUCCGACCGACCGGGGGACAGUUCGGCAUCCCAGGCAGGACAGUGUGCAAACCGAUUCCAAAUCUGAUUUCGAAAUUCCUCCCCACUCACCUACAAAAGGACGCGAUAGUGGAUCGUCAUCCAGCUCCCCAGACAGCACACGUGUUUGACCACAUCCUAUCAGGUUUGCCGGAAGUAGUCUGUGCUCCGCCUACUCUUGGCCAACUCACAGGCCUGGAAAAAAAAAAUGGCUCAAGAUGUCUUGUUAGUUGAAAGCACAUUGCCAUUGGGUCUGAGUUUUCCACUGUUCGAAGAGCCAUUGUUAAUAAUGUCCCCUACCUUCCUCUUCUCCAUUCUGCACAUUUUCACCAGCAUUGGAGCGAUUGUUCCAUUUUCCAUCAUGGGGUAUUUAUAGGCCAGGGCAUGUGUAUGUGUCUGCUAAUGUAAACCUUGUCGUGGUUAACCUUCACUAACAGCCCUAGAAAGAAAUAAAUCAGAGGGCAAGGCACCAGGGGGCAAAUAUCGCCGAGAAUUCCAGAGGUCAGGCUGCAAACCUGGAAUCCUGGAAGGCAGAAAUUCUACCAGGCGGCUUUCAAAGCUCAUAGGUUUCAAGUAACUGAAUAGUGGAUUAGAAUUAACCAGAACCUCUGUAUAGAAACCUGAGGAGCCUUCCUGUUCAGUUAUUCAUUGUUAACAUUAGCACUGUGCUCUUAAGAGAUAAUGUUUAAAGAACUGAGAUUUUUUUUUUGAAAAAUGUUUUUGAUUUAUUUUUUAGUUGUAAUUAGGAACAUCUUCAGAGAUGUACUUUCCUUUUCAUGCAAAAGGGGUGGAAGAACUCAUUUCCAUCAUCUGGGGUAUCUUUAGAGUGUAAAGACCACACUGGCUAUGUGGUUGCAAGUUGUAAAAAUUAAAAUGACUUUAAAGGAAACUAGGGGCUGGUCCAGGAUCUUCACUGGGAAGACUGUUCUUAAGUAACUUAAGUAUCUGUGACUCUGCAAGUAUGUGGGAAAAAAAGAUAUAUUAUUGUGAGGAAAUCCAUUGUUUAAAGGAGUGUGUGUUGUUGUUGUUGUUGUUUUUAAAGGGAGGGAGUUUAUUAUUUACAGUUGCUUGAAAUACUGUGUAAAUAUAUAUGUAUAUAUGAUGUGCUCUUUGUCAACUAAAAUUAGGAGGUGUAUGGAUAUUAGAUACAUCACUGUGUGGAUGUCAAUCUUACAGUGUAUUAAUGAUAAUACUAAAAAUGUAACCUGCAUUUUUUUCCCACUUGGCUGUCAAUUAAAGUCUAUUCAAAAAGAAAA